AUAAGAAUAAUGAUUAUUCAAUUAUUUUCCACCACCUCUCUCUAGUCAGAUUUAAAUACGCACCGUCGGAGUUUCAUCUGCCGCCAUAUUCAACAUCUAAUGUGAACACCUUCUUCUUCAGACAUCUCAAACCAGAGACUUUAAAAACAUGUCGGUUCACGGACGAUUUCCGGCGAGUCCGCCGGUCUCUCUAUCUCCGGCGUCUUCCUCAUCGCCGAGCUCUCACUCCCCGUCGUCUCCCGACCUGAAGCAACGAGUCAUCGCUUGCCUCAACAAGCUCGCCGACCGAGACACGUUAUCUCUCGCCGCGGCGGAGCUCGACUCCAUCGCCAGAAACCUCACCCCCGACUCCUUCUCCUCUUUCCUCAGCUGCAUCCACAACACCGACUCCUCCUCCAAAUCUCCGGUGAGGAAACACUCCGUCGCCGUCUUGUCUCUCAUGUCUCGCCACCACGGCGAGUCUCUCUCUCCUCACCUCUCUAAGAUGGUCUCCACCGUCAUCCGCCGUCUCCGAGACCCCGACUCCUCCGUCCGCUCCGCCUGCGCCGCCGCUGCCUCCGAUAUAUCCGCUCACGUCGCGAGGCAACCGUUCUCCUCCGUCGCGAAACCGCUUAUCGAGACGCUGAUCCAGGAAGGCGACAAGAACGCGCAGAUCGGAGCGGCGGUGUGUUUGGCGGCGUCGGUGGAUGCUGCGGCGGAUCCUGAGCCGGAGCAGUUGAGGAAGUGUCUCCCCAAGAUCGGGAAGCUGCUAAAGAGCGAGGCUUUUAAGGCCAAGGCGGCGCUUUUGAGCGCGGUGGGUAGUAUCAUAACCGCGGGAGGCGCGGGAAGUAAACCGGUUUUGGAUUGGUUAGUUCCGGUUUUGAUUGAGUUUCUGAGCAGUGAAGAUUGGCUAACGAGGAAAUCCGCUGCUGAGGCGUUGAGUAGAGUUGCCACGGCGAAAGAGAUGGCGUGGCAGUACAAGAAGGCUUGCGUGGCGGCUCUCGAGAGCAGAAGGUUUGAUAAGGUGAAGAGCGUGAGAGAGACUAUGAACAGAGCGUUGAGUCAGUGGAAAGAAGUGUCGAAUGAUGUAGUAGACGAAGCCUUGUUGUCUCCAUGCACAUCUUCUUCCAUUGACGUUGGUGUCAAGUCUUCAAGAUUAAAGAAGUCAACGCAUAUGCUCAAGAGGUCAACGCAUAGAUCAUAUGCAGCAGCUAGACAACAAAAGGAGAAUCUUCCAAGAAGGAAUGUGACCAUUUCAGUAGCUUCAAGGGAGGAGGAUAAGGUGAACUCAAAUAUAACAAAAAAUACAAUCUCUGAGAAAAGCGGGGAAGAUAAGAAAGUAGGUGGCUUUGGUUGUGGUUUGAGGUAUGGAUCAAGGGUGGCACCAUGUAGUGACGAUGGUGAUGAUUCUUGUGAUCCUGUUGUCAAGAAUGGUAAAGAUGGUGUUGGUGAAAGCAGGAAAGAUAGUGAGGAACUCUUUUUGAUACGUGAGCAGCUUGCUAUGAUUGAGAACCAGCAGUCCAGUCUUUUAGAGUUACUUCAGAAAUUCAUGGGAAGCUCACAGAAUGGGAUCCAGUCGUUAGAGUCUCGAGUAAGCGGUCUAGAGAUGGCUUUGGAUGAAAUAUCUUGUGAUCUUGCGGUUUCAAACGGGAGAGUACUUAAGACCAGUAGCUGUGGUGGAGGAGAGAGUUGUUCAAAACUUCCUAGUACAGAGUUCUUAAGUCACAAGUACUGGAGAAAAACAGAGGAGAGACCAAUGCAAAGAGGAGGUUCUGAUUUUGGAACGAGAACAGGCAGAAACCAGUUCCAAGACUCUAUGCAGACAACACCGCAGAAACCAACAACCAGGUAA